GAGCUGUAGCUGCCGGCCUUACACCACAGUCACGGCAACAUGGGAUCCUUAACCCACUGAUCUGGGCCAGGGAUCCAAUCCACAUCCUCAUGGAUACUAGUCGGGUUUGUUACCACUGAGUCACUGCGGGAACACCAAUAUCUCCCUCCUUUGAAUUCCUAUGAUGUGAUAGACUGUAUAUCCAUCUAUCCAGCUCCCUUCAGGCCAUCAUGGGACACUUGACCUUAUAUUUGUAUGAGUGGCUACCGUUUUUCCUUUUGGACUGGAAAUUCUGUGAAGUCACAAUUCACAGUUCACAUUGUAUUUGCCAUGCGCAUGGCACAUAGACUUGCAGAUAGUACAUGCUUAGUGAAGAUAUUUGAGUGAGCUAGUACAUUCAUCCUUGGGAAUAAAUCAUUGCAUGGAUUAAGGUAUUGCUAGCUGCAACAACAGUCCCCGACAUUUUAGCAAUGUAACUACUUUUUGGGGGGUUACUAGUGAAGGUGCACUUUCAUUGACCACUUGUAUUUUUCUGUAAGGAAUUAUCUGUUCUUUAAUAAACACUCCCUCAGAGUUCCCUUUCUUAUUGAUAUUGAACUAUCUUUGUCUACAAAAGAAAUUACAUUCUUCUGUUGUUUAUGUCAUCAUUUGAAAAGUUAUUCUGGGAGCUUCUGGCCAGUGUGGCAGAGGAAGCUGACAUGGAAGAAAUGCCAUUCUGCUUCUGUAUAUUUCAAAUGCUGGGUACAGUGUAUUAGCAGAAUUUAUGGCCAUGUGGCUGAGCUAGGACCCAAGAGGAGGAAAUCCCCAGGUGCCGGAGAUGAAGGGCUGCUCACACAGGGAGGCACUGUGGAGCAUCUGCGGAGAGCUGGAAGUCACAAAGGAGCACUGUUCCAGUUACCAUGGCUGCAUAACAAACUUCUCCCAAACUUAGUGGUGCAAAACAACCAUUUAUUGUGCUCAUGGGUUCUGUGGGGCAGUGCAGGAACUCGGACAGGGCACGGCAGGGACAGCUCGGCUCUGCCUCACCAUGUCUUGGACCUUAGAUGGAAGAUUGGAAGGCUUGGGGCCAGAAUCACCUGCAGGCUCAUUCGCUGCUAUGUCUGGUGGUUGGUCCUGGCUGUGGACCACAACCUUGGCUGUGGAUGUUAGAUGGACCCUUUCUACGAUGGCCUCUUCCUGUCACUUAGCUUCCUCCCAAAAUGGUGGCUAGAUUUCAAGGGUGAGUGGAGGAGAGAGAGGAGAGAACCACUGGAAAUCAUCUUUUACGACCUAUCGUUGAAAAUCAGUGUCAACAUCACAUUAAGGGAAGCACACGUGGCAAUGGAUAUGUACUAGUACAUCCUUCUUUGGAAGACACAACCUGCCAUAGGUACCUUGACACAGAGACGAUAACUAGAAAAACACCUACCGUUGGCCCAAGGAGGCUGCAAGGAAGUUUGUCAUCCCCUUGCAAAAAAAGAGUCAGCUGCUAGACAUUUGAGUGUCAAACCCUGCACCAGCUCAAGAGUGAGGUCUGAAUGCUCAUUACUGCAUGAUUCAGGGACCACAGUCUCAGAAAUUGGCAUAUUCACUGGUCUGAUACCUCUGAAACCCAAGACCAGGCAGAGAGCAAAGGGAAGCAUAUGCAGAAAUGUGAAAGUUUCCAUCGCUCAGGGAACACUGGAGUCCUGCAGAUAGCAAUCUCUCUAAAGAUGAGCUCACAGUCAAAGACUGAAAAUAAUGUUACGAAAUGAACUACAAAGGACACUUGACAGAUGCAGCAGAUGGGAGAUUUUUACUGCAAAACCAAAAAGAAUAGACAUCUUGGAAAAAUGUUUAUAAUACUCAAGGAGACGAAGGAAUGGAAACCAUAAGGCAAGAAUGGGUCAGUAGGAAUAAGAACAGAAGAGUUCCCUGGUGGCCUAGCAGCAUCUCACUUUCAUCAGCAUUGUUGAAAGAAGAAGAAAAAAUGCCAGUACUAUCUCCUGAGAUCAAAUUUGAGCCUUCUAAUGUCACCAGAAAUUCCAUUGACAGUUGUUUUCUUUUUGAGAGCAGUUGGAGGAAAGCAAUUUUAGAAACACAAAAGAUGAGGAAAGAAUAUACCACGGCAUUUGGUCUAGAAGACUUCAAAGAAUGUGUCAAAAUGCCAUUUUUACCAGGAUUGCAAAAUUGCCAAAAAAGUGUCAGUUCCACUCCGCUAGAUGUUCAUAAAAGACUCCUGCGGGCUGAUACUGAGAUGCCUCCUGUCAGCCAUUCUAGUGAGAAUAUGACGAGUAACCUACAAGUAUUUUAUUCUCCCCUUCAUAUCACACAACGCCCUGUGAAAGAACAGUCUUGGCAAAGCAGGAUAAAGAAGACUAAGCCAACAUGCACUGUGACACCUCUUCAGGAGAAAUCAAAAGGUCUCUUAAGGCAUUCUAAUUCCUCUUCAAUCAAUUUUGGCUCAGGCUUCAGUGAUCCUCUGGCUGGAGCACCAUCUCAAUACUUACAGAGACUUUCCAGAAUGGCCAUUUUGGAGUAUGAUACUAUUCGUCAAGAAACAACCCGAAAAUCAAAAAAGGGCAAGAAACGAGAACUGCGAGACUGCUGAUUAUCAUAUGGUGUAAUGCUUUCUUCACCGACGUUUAUGGUUUAUGUUUUUUUCUUUCCUUUUUUCUUUUCUUUUUUGAUAUAUGAUGUGCAAUGAUUUAUGUAAAAAUGGAACUGUAAAUAGGAAAUAAAUAUUUUCUGUUAUAUACAGAA